CUUAAAAAGCACUCGUCACGAAGAGAGAACAAAAAAGGGAAAGCAAGCACGCACAGUGUUUUUUGAAUCGCUGCUGCUACCAAAGUAAGUUAUGGAGUUCUUGGGAGGUCGCGAUUCCGAUUCCGAUUCCGAUUCCGAAUACGCUUUCCGAUUGCAGAUGGAGGAGGCACUCGCUGCUUCCCUCGCUUCCCGAUCUCGUGCUCCGCCGUCGCCUCCCGUUGUCGCUAGGAGUGGAUUCGCUAUCGUGGUGGAGGAUGAGGAGAUCGGUUCCACGCCGAGAGGUGAAUCUGAGAACGCGCGUCAAAGAAACACCGGCGGCGGAGAAGGUAACUCGAGAGGAAAAGGGAAAACCCACCACGAGACAGUCUCUGGUACACGGAGAGACGAUCGAAACCCUAACAGUAAAGUCCAGAAUGCUUCUGCGUACGUUGGUACUGUUACUGUUCUUCCCGCGCAAUCUGUCGGUGAGGGAAGCUCGAAGAAGGUUGUUGGUGAUGCCGUAAGGAGGGGGAGUUUCAGGGGAGACUUGAUGUACAGGCUUUACUCCAAGGGUUUGGUGAGCGAAGAGACUGGGAAUGGGAAUGGGAAUGGGAAAGGGAAGGUGGCUGAUGUGGUGGCUGGGUUUGGGGUUGCGAUUUGCGACCAGAGGGAUGCUCUGUUGUUCGAGUCCAAGGGACAGCUGGCUGGCCGUGGCGCGAAUCGUCAGGGAGCGGAGAUUCAGGCGUUGACUCUAGGGUUGACCGAGGCGUCGAAGCUGGGGAUCAAACACGUCGCUAUCUUCUGCGAUUCUUUUCCCAUUUUCCAAUUCGUCAGGGGAAGCUGGAAGCCUAAGCAAAAGAAGAUUGCCAUGCUAAUGGAUGACUUGCAACGGAUCAGGCAACAAUUCUCGUUUACUCAAGCUGUUCUGGUGGCUGGAAACCAAGUCAAAUAUGCUUAUAAACUCGCUAGGGAAUCAAUUGUUUCGCAAGCAACCCCUCAUGAAAACCCCCGCCAAGCUAAAUUAGCUGCUAUGAAAGAAGAGUGUCUUAUCUGUUUCAACGAUAUCGAUCCUGAGCGCAUGUUUUCUAUCGGUAAAUGCACUCACCGCUUUUGCUUUCAGUGUGUGAAGCAACAUGUAGAGGUGAAGCUGCUUCACGGAAUGAUUCCGAAUUGUCCUCAUGAUAAAUGCAAUUCUGAGAUGGUUAUCGAUGCGUGUGGCAAGCUUUUGACUCCGAAAUUGGGUGAGAUCAAGGAGAACGCAAUACCUGUCACUGAGAGAGUUUACUGUCCUUACCUGAGGGGUUCGGCUUUGAUGUCCAAAACCAAGAUAUCUGAAUCCGCCAAGAGCUUACAGUCUGCUUACCCUGCAUCUGGAGUCAGGAGAUGUGUCGAAUGUCGUGGCCUUUUCUGUGUGGACUGUAAAGUCCCGUGGCAUGGGAAGCUGUCAUGCGCCGAGUACAAGAAACUGCAUCCUAAUCCUCCCUCAGAUGAUGUGAAGCUAAAGUCUCUGGCGAAUAAUAAAAUGUGGCGCCAAUGUGGCAAGUGCCAGCACAUGAUUGAACUUAGUCAAGGAUGCAAUCACAUAACUUGCAGAUGUGGGCAUGAGUUCUGCUACAAUUGUGGAGGAGGAUGGAACAAAAAAACAGGGACUUGUGUUAAGCAAUGCCCGACCUGGGACGAAGCGUACAUCAUGCGGCAAGAUCAAGAUCCAGGGCGUGCGUAUGUGGCGCCUAACAACUACUUUGAUGAUCAUGAUGAGGAGGAUGAAGCUGAUGAAGAUAUUGAGUACGGCUAUGGUGACUUCCCCUUUAAUUUGGGGCAACAUAUGAAUAUUGUUAAUCCUGAAGAGCCCUUUGAUCCCUUCUUCGACCUGCCAGAUGGUGUGAUCUUUCACCCAUCUAUGCUGUCUCCCAGGAGCCGUCAGCAAUUCUACGACUCGGAUGAUGAUUCUGAUGAGGAAAGGUUGCGACCACCUCAUUUGAGACAGAGUAAUGCCCCGUCUGGUGAUGAGACAACAAGAGUUAAUGGUCAUUUGAGACAGAGUAAUGCCCCGUCUGGUAAUGAGACGACAAGAGUUAAUGCUCCUCCUGAGGAAGAAGAAGAAGUGGACGACUGCCCAUACUUCGGAACGUAUGGAAAGUACGCUAUAGUAUAUGACUCGGACGGCUAUGAAAUCGAGGAUUACACGAACCCUUUCCAUCCAGAUUACUAUCCUCAGUUUUGAGGUCUAGUUUGGAACCGAAGUUCGACUCUGUUUUCUUUUUCUCCUCAGCUCCAAACACUUUGCUAUAUGACUUUUUCGGCUGUAAUGUUUUUGGAGGUUCAUAUGUUUUCUAUGACUUGUUGCUGCGUCUGAGUUUGGGAGAUUGAGAAAAGUGUAAAACUUGGAAUUUGGGUUUGAAGGUAGGGCUUUUGUUUCA